AUGGUUGAGAAGAAGAGGGUCGCUGUGAUCGGCGGAGGCUUUAGCGGAAUUGCCGCCGCGAAGACCUUCGCUGAACGCGGGCACGAAGUCCACGGGUUCGAGCGAGGCCCUGCCUUCGGCGGUGUGUGGGAGUUGUCACGGUCCUAUCCGGACUGCCAGACGCAGUCUCCGAAAGACCUCUACCACUUCACCGACCAAACCUACGGCGAAAACGUGCCAGAAUGGCCGAAGGCGCCAGACGUCAACGCCUACCUCCAUUCCUACGCCGAGAAGCACGGCGUCGCACGUCUGUUCAGGCUUAACACGAGCGUUGAGACGAUGGAGCGCAGAGCCGACGGUCGGGCCGGCUGGACCCUCACGCUUCAAGAAGACGGGUGCACCAAGCGGGAAGACUUCGAUUUCGUCAGCGUUGCGACAGGUCAGUUCUCCCAGAAGCACGUCGCGACCCAUCCGGGAGAGCAGGAGUUCGCCGCGCAGGGCGGAGAGGUCAUCCAUUCGUCGGACUACACCGACCCGUCGACCAUCAAGGGGAAGCGCGUCGUUGUUCUGGGUGGCUCCAAAUCGGCCUUGGACAUCGCCGUCAACGUCGCCAACAGCGGCGCGAAAUCGGUCACCCUCGUCUACCGCAAGAACGUCUGGCGGCUGCCGUACUUCGUCGGCGGCGUCAACGUCAAGCACCUACUAUACAUGCGCGCCCAGGAGGAGCAGUUCAACGGCUGGCUGCCUUCGCCCAUCGGGCGUGUGCUCAGGAUGAUCCUAAAGCCGCUGAUCUGGGCGAACUUCCGUGGCCUGGAGGCUGCGCUUACGUUUCAGCUGGGCCUGAAGAAGCACAAGAUGGUUCCCGACGAACCGAUCGAGGACAUUGUCUCGUGCUCGAUCGGCGUCGCCACCCCCGGCUUUUUCGAAGCUUUGGACAAGGGCACGAUCAAGGCAGUGCAAGGCUCGAUCGAGCGCUACGAAGAAGGCGCUGCGGUCCUAUCGAACGGUGGCACGGUUCCGUGCGAUGUCGCGGUGAUGGCGACCGGGUGGAAACAAGGCCUCUCGUUCCUGCCCGCCGAAGCGCAGCACAAGCUGGUCGAUUCGGACGGCCUUUACCGCCUCUACCGUUUCGCUGUGAACCCGAGUCUGCCCGAUGUCGGUUUCAUCGGUUUCAACAGCAGCUUCUGCUCAGUGCUGUCUGCGGAACUGGUAUCGCACUGGCUCGUGCGGUAUGCGGACGGGCAACUCGAGCACCAGCCAAGCGCCGACGAGAUGAACGCGAGUAUCGACGUGAUGCAGGAGUGGCGGCGCAAGGACAGGCCGGCCGCACAGGUGUACGGCGGCCUCUGCAUCGCUCCGUUCCACUUCCGCCACUUUGACGAGCUGCUCAAAGAUAUUGGCGCGACGAAGCGGAAGCGCGCGAAUCCGCUGGUCGAACUGUUCGUUCGCCCCAGCACGGCCGCCUACGGCGAGUUCCUUGCUUCAGCGCCGCAGUACCACGCAGGCUGA